AUGGAUUAAAAAUACGAUCAUACAAAUCAAAUUCUUAGUUUAUUAGAAAAUAAAGAAUCUAUAAAUUCCUUAUAAAUUACUUAAGAAACUAAUACUAAUCAUCAAGAAUUGGUUGGAUAUCUUUUAUAAUUAGAAGCAUCUAAUUAUAUCACUACUGAAGUAAGAUAAUAAUAAUUUGUAAAUAGGGUUUAAAAAAAGAUUAAUUAGUUUUGACAGAAGAAGGAAAUACUAUAUUAAAUUCAUAAUCUGGUGAAUAUGAGAUUUAUUAAAAAGUACCUGAAGGUGGAAUAUCUAUGGCAGAUUUAUAAAAAUAAUUUGGUAUUGAACAAGCACCAAAAUAGAAAUAAGAAUAAGGAGAGAAAAAAGAAAAGUAACCUGAGGAUCCAAAAAAGAAAUUAUUUGAUUUAGGUUUUGGAAAUGCUAAGAAAAUGGGAUAUAUUAAAAUGGAAAAAGGAAUGAUAAAUAAAGUAGCAAAUGAUUUGCCUGAUAAAAUAAAACAAGAAUUACAAUAAUUUAAUGAAAUUAAAUUAGGAUCACCAUAAGCAAAAUUAUUAAUAGAAAGAAAAUUAGCUAGCAUAUCUACUAUAAAAUAUUUUGAAGUAAAGAAGGGUGUUAAAUACAGUCCUAAAUUUAGAGAAUAAUUUGCAGCAUUAACAACAGAAUAAUUAUUAAAUGGUGAAUGGAAAGAUUGUGAUUAUAAAAGUAUUAAUUUAAAUGCAGAAGGUGAAAAAAGUAAUAAAUAAAUUAAUAUGAUUAGUUUCAAUGGGUAAUUUACAUCCUCUUUUGAAAGUAAGAAAAUAGUUUUCAUAAAUUUUAAUUGGAUUAGGAUUUGAAGAAAUGGCAACAAAUUAAUUUGUUGAAUCAUCAUUUUGGAAUUUUGAUGCUUUAUUUUAACCAUAAAAACAUCCAGCAAGAGAUGCACAUGAUACAUUCUUUUGUAAUGAUCCAGAACUUAGUGAAGAAGUAGAUACUUAAUUGAGAGAUAAAGUAAAAUCUAUGCAUUAGACAGGAGGUGUAGGUAGUAUUGGAUAUCAAUAUGAAUGGUCACAUGAAGAAGCAAGAAAAAAUAUAUUAAGAACACAUACAACAGCUGUCUCAUCUAAAAUGUUAUAUAGAAUUGCAUAAUAAUAUAAGGAGAAAGGUUAUUUCCCAAAGAAAUACUUUAGUAUAGAUAAAGUAUUUAGAAAUGAAACUUUAGAUGCAACUCAUUUAGCUGAAUUUCAUUAAAUUGAAGGAGUUGUGAUUGAUAAAAAUGCUUCAUUAGGAUAAUUAAUGGGAAUCAUCAGAGAAUUCUUUAGAUAAAUAGGUAUUAACAAAUUGUGGUUUAAACCAACUUAUAAUCCAUAUACUGAACCAAGUAUGGAGAUUUAUGGUAAUUAAUUAUCAAUAUUAUAGGAUAUCAUCCUAUUUUAAAAAAGAAAGUUGAAAUUGGUAAUUCUGGUGUUUUUAGACCUGAAAUGCUAGCACCAUUAGGUAUUCCAGAAGAUGUAAAUGUUAUUGCAUGGGGUUUGGGAUUAGAAAGACCAACUAUGAUUUAUUAUGAUAUUAGAGAUAUAAGAACUAUGGUAGGACCAGAAGUUAAAGUAGAAACUGUUAGAUCAAAUGCAUUCUGUGUAUUUGAAAGUAAAUGAU